UUGGGUCAAACAUUUCCUAAAAUUAGUCAAAAGUUACUAAAUGUGCCACAUGUAAUGUAGAUGGGAGGGGGUAGCUAGCUCCGCUCUUACCGCCCGCAUCAAUUUAGCCGAGCGGGCUAGCAAACGUCCAAGGCAUUAAUGCUUUCGUUCGCAUCGAAGGAUGCUGGAUACAGUGAAGUCAUCUGGGAACCGCCGUUGACGGCCAGCAAGUUGGUUGCCGCACUACGAAGCUCAAAUGCUACCAAGUGAACCCCUGCCACUGCCAGCGUCGAUCCUUCCAGGUGAGCAAAGAAACGCAUGUCGUGCCAGCCUCUGUCGCACUCCACAUAGCUUACAGCUCCGGCAGCCUCCGGGCAGCAGAUGGCCUCGCGCGUGCUCGCCGUGCUCUGCCUCCUGGCCACCGUCCUUCCGGCGCUCGCCGUCACCGACCGCGACGACCACUGCGCGGCCGACGACGUGGGCCGCGACAAGGCGCAGGCGCUGCGGCUCAAGAUCAUCGCCGUCGCCUGCAUCCUCGUCGGCAGCGCGAUCGGGGCGGGCGUGCCGUCCCUGGGCCGCAGGUUCCCGGCGCUCCGGCCGGACACGGACCUCUUCCUCGCCCUCAAGGCCUUCGCCGGCGGCGUCAUCCUCGCCACGGGGCUCGUGCACAUCCUACCUGCCGCCUUCGACGCGCUGGGCUCCCCGUGCCUCGUGCGCGGGCCAUGGAAGCGCUUCCCGUUCGCCGGCCUGGUCGCCAUGCUCGCCGCGAUCGCCACGCUCAUCGUCGACACCGUCGCCACGGGGUACUUCCACCGGACCAACGCCAAGAGGGCCGCUGCCGUCACCGACGAGCCGACGCCAGGGGACCUGGAGACCUCAUCAGACGAUCACCACGGCCACGCGCACGGGAUGUCCGUGCUCAUCGCCCCGCCAGACGACGACGAGCUCAUGCGCCACCGCGUCAUCUCCCAGGUGCUGGAGCUGGGUGUGGUGGUGCACUCGCUGAUCAUCGGGAUGUCGCUUGGCGCCUCCGACUUCCCGAGCACGGUGCGGCCGCUUGUCCCGGCGUUGACGUUCCACCAGCUCUUCGAGGGCAUCGGGCUCGGCGGCUGCAUUGUUCAGGCCAAGUUUCGGCUCAAGUCCGUGGUGGCAAUGGCGCUCCUCUUCUCCCUCACCACCCCGGUGGGGAUCGGCGUCGGCAUCGCGAUAUCAUCCGUCUACAAUGAGACCAGCCCGACGGCGCUGGUGGUGCAGGGGCUCCUCGAGGCCGCCGCGGCGGGGAUACUGGUUUACAUGGCGCUCGUCGACAUCCUCGCCGAGGACUUCACUAAGCCCAGGGUGCAGAGCAGAGCACGCCUGCAGCUUGGCCUCAACGUCUCGCUGCUGCUCGGGGCUGGCCUCAUGUCGCUGCUCGCCAUCUGGGCUUGAACCGUGCGUCAGAUUGUUUAGGUAGCAGGGCUCCAUCGGUAGGCAAAUCACUAGCCGUUUUUGUUAGGCUGCAAUGCAACAGAGUGUGUACACUAGAGUGCUACUGUUGAGGAUCACAAAGAGCAAAGGGGGACUAUUGCUUUACCAUAUCCGGUACAUGUCAGAGCAGUUUCAUAUGAGAUGCAUACAAGUUAAUAGAAUUUGAAGUAGAUUAAAAUAA